AUGUCCCCAUCCUCGACCCCGACCCCGACUCCAUGUUCCGCGGCUACGGAGGAUUCAGUUUUUGAUCUCGAGACAGAGAAUGUGAUAGAGAAUGAGGUUAUCGAAUUGGACCGGCCAAUGGGAAGGAAAGCUGAAAAAGGAAAACGAAAGGCUCAAGGCAGGCAAGCAGAGGAAAAUUUCCAACUCAGAAAGAUGAAGUAUACUAUGUUAGAGGAGUCACGCGCUCAGGAGAAAGAGUUUUAUCGCCUGAAGGCCGAGAAGAUAGAGUAUGACAAGGAGAAAGAGGAAAAAAAAUUACGUCUUGAAGAUGAAAGACUGAGGUUGGAGGCAGAGAAGAUUAAAAUUGAAGCUGCAAAAGAGCAAAGUAAAAUCCGUCAAGAGGACGAAAGGCUGAGGUUGGAGGCUGAGAAAGUGGAGCUUGCGAAGAAGGAAUCAGAUCAGCGCAUUAUGAUGAUGGAUGUGAGUGUCAUGCCAGAAAUGCAGCGGCUAUAUUUCGAGCAACUCCAGAGGGAAAUCAUCAUGAGACGUAGUCAUGCCCAAGGACCGGAUUGA